GGACACGUUUUUGCCUAUAUCAUAAAAUAUGAAUAACUAUAGAUGUGUAAGUCACGUGUGACUAUAUAUAUAUGCAUUCCUCUAUGCCUCGAUACUGAUGUGUAGAUGGUGUGGAUAUUCUUUUUUUCUGUCUGCAGCUGUCGCUUCCUCUGCAAAAUUGGUCUGAUGGAGCAAAGAUACUCGGCGCGACUCGGUGCAAAAAGGCAACAAUGUGACCGGUGUGCAUACAGCACGGAUCGUCCUGAACAUUUUACACAGCACCAGAGAACUCACACAGGAGAGAAACCCUUCAAGUGCAGUGUGUGUGGAAAGGCGUUUGCACGUUCAUAUACUCUUGUAGAACACCAGAGAACACACACGGGAGAGAAACCCUUCAAGUGCAGUGUGUGUGAGAAGGCGUUUGUACAGUCAUCUGCUCUUGUAGAACACCAGAGAACACACACGGGAGAGAAACCCUUCAAGUGCAGUGUGUGUGGAAAGGCAUUUGCACGUUCAUCAACUCUUAAAAAACACCAGAGAACACACACGGGAGAGAAACCCUUCAAGUGCAGUGUGUGUGGGAAGGCGUUUGCACAGUCAUCUGUUCUUGUAGAACACCAGAGAACACACACGGGAGAGAAACCCUUCAAGUGCAGUGUGUGUGGGAAGGCGUUUGCAUGUUCAUCGACUCUUAAAAAACACCAGAGAACACACACGGGAGAGAAACCCUUCAAGUGCAGUGUGUGUGGGAAGGCGUUUGCACAGUCAUCUGUUCUUGUAGAACACCAGAGAACACACACGGGAGAGAACCCCUUCAAGUGCAGUGUGUGUGGGAAGGGGUUUGCACAGUCACCACAUCUUCAAAGACACCAGAGGACACACACGGGAGAGAAACCCUUCAGGUGCAGUGUAUGUGGGAAGACGUUUUCAGUUUCAUCUAAUCUUGUACAACACCAGAGAACACACACGGGAGAGAAACCCUUCAAGUGCAGUGUGUGUGGGAAGGCGUUUGCACAUUCAAUUACUCUUGUAGAACACCAGAGAACACACACGGGAGAGAAACCCUUCAGGUGCAGUGUGUGUGGGAAGGCGUUUAAACAUUCAUCUGCUUUUGUAGUACACCAGAGAACACACACGGGAGAGAAACCCUUCAGGUGCAUUCUGUGCGGGAAGGCGUUUGCACGUUCAUCAAUUCUUCAUGUACACCAGAGAACACACACAGGAGAGAAACCCUUCAGGUGCACUCUGUGCGGGACGGCCACAGAUCGUACUGAACAUUUGACACAGCACCAGAGAACUCACACAGCAGAGAAACCCGUCAAGUGCAGUGUGUGUGGGAAAACGUUUGCACAGUCAUCUACGCUUGUAAAACACCAGAGAACACACACAGGAGAGAAACCCUUCAAGUGCAGUGUGUGUGGUAAGGCGUUUGCAAAGUCAUCUACUCUUGUUAUACACCAGAGAACACACACAGGAGAAAAACCCUUCAAGUGCAGUGUGUGUGGGAAGGCGUUUACACAUUCAUCUACUCUUGUAAAACACCAGAGAACACACACGGGAGAGAAACCCUUCAAGUGCGGUGUGUGUGGGAAGGCGUUUGCACUUUUAGCUACUCUUGUAGAACACCAGAGAACACACACGGGAGAGAAACCCUUCAAGUGCAGUGUGUGUGGGAAGGCGUUUGCACAGUCAUCUGCUCUUUUAAAACACCAGAGAACCCACACGGGAGAUAAACCCUUCAAGUGCAGUGUGUGUAGGAAGGGGUUUCAACAGUCAUCUACUCUUGUAAUACACCAGAGAACACACACAGCAGAUAAACCCUUCAAGUGCAGUGUGUGUGGGAAGGCAUUUGCAAAGUCAUCUACUUUUGUUAUACACCAGAGAACACACGGGGGAGAGAAACCCUUCAAGUGCAGAGUGUGUGAGAAGGCGUUUGCACGGUCAUCUACUCGUGAAGCACACCAGACAACACACACGGGAGAGAAACCCUUCAAGUGCAGUGUGUGUGGGAAUGCGUUUUCACGGUCAUCUGUUCUUGUAAUACACCAGAGAACCCACACGGGAGAUAAACCCUUCAAGUGCGGUGUGUGUGGGAAGGCGUUUGCACAUUCAUCUACUCUUGUAGAACACCAGAGAACACACACAGGAGAGAACCCCUUCAAGUGCAGUGUGUGUGGGAAGGCGUUUGCAAAGUCAUCUGCUCUUGUAAUACACCAGAGAAAACACACGGGAGAAAAACCCUUCAAGUGUGGUGUGUGUGAGAAGGCGUUUGCACGGUCAUCUACUCUUGUAGAACACCAGAGAAUACACACGGCAGAGAAACCCUUCAAGUGCAGUGUGUUUGGGAAGACGUUUACACUUUCACCAAAUCUUCAAAGACACCAGAGAACACACAAGCAUCACAAUAUCCACAAGGAGUGGAGUCUGAAAUCAGCUUGUGAAAGUCAAAGUGAUGCAAUGAGUCCAUCCCUCGUGAAACAAGAACCGGAAGAAAAUCCCAGCUUGGAUACUUUGAAAGGUAUCGAGGUGAAACGUGAAGAUGUGAAGGUGAAAUGUGAAGAAGUGAUGGUGAAGAGCGAAAGAAGUGAAGGUAAAAUGUGAAGAUGAAGAUUCAACUCCAAAAUCGGACCUUCACAUCGAUGGAGGCAACGUGAAGCAGGAGGAGAAUUCUCACUUUGAGGCAGAGCGAGGCAACUCC